AUGCUAAUAACAAUUUGUACCUCCAGAGAUGAAGCUCUAGUUACCCAGCUGGCUCGGUCGAUCCGUGAUGCUAGAACUCUGGCACAGGGACAAUGGAUCCACAAGCUCGUCGACCAGAGUGUGCAGAGCCACAAUCGCUACCUGAGAAACCUGCUGGUGGAGAUGUAUGGCAAGUGCCAUGACUUGGAACUGGCAGUGGCAGUGUUUGAGUCCAUCCGUGAGCCCAACGUUUUCUCCUGGAACAUCCUGCUCGAGGUGUAUGCCCGAAACGGGCAUAUUGAGGAUGCUCGGGGCGUGUUUGAUCGGAUGCCACAGCGCACGGAGGUGUCGUGGACGUCGAUGAUUGCGGCCUACGCGAGGUUGGAGAUGAUCCAGGAGGCGGAGUCGCUGCUGGCUCGGAUGCCAUACAAGGCGGUGAUUGCCGGGACCGUGAUCGUGGAAGCGCUCGCGAAAUCCGGGCAUUUGGAGGCGAGCCGGCGGAUGUUUGAUCGGAUGCCACAGCGGGAUGUCGUGACCUGGAACACGAUGUUAGAGGCUUACGCGCGGAUUGGAGAUCUGGAUCGAGCGAGCUUACUGUUUGACGCGAUGCCGGAGAAGGAUCAGGUGUCCUGGAACAUCUUGGCGCAGGCGUAUGCCGAGGAGGGAAAUCUGGCGAUAGUGAGAGAUCUCUUCAAGAGAAUGCCGAGGAGAGAUGUGGUUUCAUGGACCGCGAUGCUCGUCGCGCACGCCAGCAGCUGGGAGAUCGACGAGGCGAUGUUCUUGUUCGAGAUUAUGCCCGGGAAGGAUGCGAUCGCCUGGAAUAUCAUGAUCGCCGCCACUGCCAGAUCGGGAAAUCUCCACACUGCCAAGAACCUCUUCGACAGCUCUCCAACGCGGGACCUGGUUUCUUGGAACACGGCGAUCGAGGCCUUUGCCGAGCAUGGCCAGCUCCAAGAAGCGAAAUCCCUGUUCGACGCCAUGCCCUGCCGCGAUCUCUUCUCCUGGAACGCAAUGCUCCAAGCGUACCUUCGAUCCGACCGGCUGGAGGAGGGAAUGCGCUUCUUCGAUCGGAUCCCGGAGCUGGACGUCGUGGCGUGGAACAGCGCGAUGCAAGCGCACGCCGAGCGAGGCCUGGUGGACGAAACCCUGCGAUUGUUCCACGCAAUGCCGGCGUGGAGCGUCGUCUCCUGGACGAUCCUCGUCUCGGCGCUAGGGCGUGGCGGGCAUUUAAAAGAGGCCAGGGAAGUAUUUGACGGGGCCAGGGAUCGAAACGUGAUCACCUGGAACGCCAUGCUUGCGUGCUAUGGCGGGAAAAGGGGCAAUUUAGACAGAGCGCGCGAAAUAUUCGAUUCCAUGGGCGAGAGAAAUGGAAUGUCGUGGGCUUUGAUGAUAGAAGCGUGUCUUAUAAACAAUAGCGUGGAGGAAGCGCAAACACUUCUCAAAACCUCGCCAUCAGAGAAACCACUGGCCUGGAACUUUGUUCUGGCAGCAAAUGCCCAAAAUGGGCAGCUUGAGGAGACUUUACAGACAUUCCACGCGAUCCCUGUCAAGGACGUAGUAUCCUGGACCGCCAUAGCUGCAGCAUUUUCGCAGUUUGGGCACCUUGAUCGAUCACGCAAGAUCUUUGAGACAAUGCCGGAGAGGAACACUGUUUCCUGGAACGCGAUGCUUCAUGGCUAUGCCAAGAACGCCCAUGCCGUAGAGACCUUGGAUCUUUACAAGAGGAUGGCGUGUGAAGGAGUUGAACCCGAUACCACCACUCUCAUCGCCACCUUGAUCGCCUGUAACCACAUUGGCUUGCUCGCUCUGGCAAUCCACCACUUCUCCUCCAUGAGCUUCGAUCACUCCAUUGCUGAGACAAUUGAUCACUACUGCUGUAUGAUCGACAUCCUUGGCCGGGCCGGCAAGAUACCAGAGGCCCAAGAGCUGCUCCACACGAUGCCAUUCCAAGCCAACCACGUUGCAUACACUGCUCUUUUAAAUUCCUCCAGAAAUGCUCCUCUAGCUUCUUCAGUGAGGUCGUUCCCUGUGGAUACCAUGUAUGUUCUACUGUCCAACUUAGCAGCUCAAAAUGCUACUUUUCACAAUUAA